CCGGCAGCGCGGGAGCGCCGGGCAGCGUGUCCACCGCCGGACCAGAUGAGAAAACAGAAACUAAGAGUGUGCAGGUAACCGUGAGUGCAGCAAGUCUGAGGGAGAAACCAGAAACUCGGCCCAGCCAGACCCUUAGGUUGGACGUAUCUGUGAGACUUCCCAGAAGAGCAUCCUUGACUCUACUCACCUGCCCCCUGCUCCUUCAGGGAUGGAGGCCAUGGCAGCCGGCACUUCCUUGCCUGACCCUGGUGACUUUGACCGGAAUGUACCCCGGAUCUGUGGAGUAUGCGGAGACCGAGCCACAGGCUUCCACUUCAAUGCUAUGACCUGUGAAGGCUGCAAGGGCUUCUUCAGGAGGAGCAUGAAGCGGAAAGCGCUUUUCACCUGUCCCUUCAACGGAGACUGCCGCAUCACCAAGGACAACCGGCGUCACUGCCAGGCCUGCCGGCUGAAACGCUGCGUGGACAUCGGCAUGAUGAAGGAAUUCAUCCUGACGGAUGAGGAGGUGCAGCGCAAGCGGGAGAUGAUCCUGAAGCGAAAGGAAGAAGAGGCCUUGAAAGAUAGUCAGCGGCCCAAGCUAUCCGAGGAGCAGCAAAGCAUUAUAACCAUCCUGCUGGACGCCCACCACAAGACCUAUGACCCCAGCUAUGCUGACUUCAGCCAAUUCCGGCCUCCCAUUCGUACAGGUGAGAGUGGAGACAGCUGUCCUCCAGGACCCACACUCACCUUCUCCGGGGACUCCUCCUCCAGCUCCGAUCUCUACACAACUUCAGUAGACCUGAUGGAACCAUCUAAUUUCUCCAACCUGGAUCUGAAUGAAGAUGUUUCUGAAUACUCUUCCUUGACUCUGGAUCUGUCCCACCUCUCCAUGUUGCCCCACCUGACUGACCUUGUCAGUUAUAGCAUCCAAAAGGUCAUCGGCUUUGCCAAGAUGAUCCCAGGAUUCAGGGAUCUCACCUCCGAUGACCAGAUCGUACUGCUCAAGUCAAGUGCCAUUGAGGUUAUCAUGUUGCGCUCCAAUGAGUCUUUCUCCAUGGAUGAUAUGUCCUGGGACUGUGGCAGCCAGGACUACAAGUAUGAUGCCACUGAUGUAGUCAAAGCUGGGCACACCUUGGAGCUGAUUGAGCCCCUGAUCAAGUUCCAGGUGGGGCUGAAGAAGCUGAACUUGCAUGAGGAAGAACAUGUCCUGCUCAUGGCCAUCUGCAUUAUCUCCCCAGACCGACCUGGGGUGCAGGACGCCAAGCUGGUUGAGGCAAUCCAGGACCGCCUGUCCAACACACUUCAGACCUACAUCCGCUGCCGCCAUCCACCCCCAGGCAGCCAUCAGCUCUAUGCCAAGAUGAUCCAGAAGCUAGCUGACCUACGGAGCCUCCAUGAGGAGUACGCCAAACAAUACCGUGCCAUCUCUGACCAGCCUGAGAAUAGCAUGAAGCUCACGCCCCUUGUGCUAGAGGUGUUUGGCAAUGAGAUCUCCUGAUUAGGGCGACCUGUAGUGGCGCCUGGGCAGUCCGCUCCUCCAGAGCCCUGUGCCUGGGCCCUGUGCUGGUUGUAGCCCAGCAGUGCCUCCUGGAGUCUAGCUCCUCCUCUGCCAUCAACCCUCUCUGCCUGGCCCAUCCUUUCUCCUGUCCAGGCUAACACCAGGUUUCCCUUUCCUGCAGGCCACAGGCUGCCCCCUAUCCCUUGAGACCUCAAUUAUGAGAGGCUGCUGCUCAUUUGAAAAAAAAAAAAAAAAAAAAAAAAAAAG